CAUCUAUUCCAGUGUGUUACCAGGAGAGUUGAUGAGUGGUUUAUAUGAAGUCCUUCCCCUCGUUUCCCUCCUGGCUGGGAAAGUUUUCCUCCGGCAAUAAACACUCCCGGAUCAUUCAGGAGCUGGCCUCUCACAUGAGCCUCAAGACAUUAAGUAGCAGACAGGCAGUGAGCCUGGACUACCUCCCGUACCUCCGCAUGGCCCUGUUGUGUCCUCUUCAGAGGCAGGGGGCGGAGGGGGCCGGUCAGGCCGUCCAGCUGUUAGACGACUACCACCUGGUCAGAGAGGAUGUGGACAGCCUCAUGGAGAUCAGCCUCUGGGGGGGGCAGCCUGACCCCUACGCUAAACUAGACCCCAAGGUGAAAUCAGCGUUCACGAGGGCCUAUAACCGGGAGACCCACCUGACACCGUACUCCCUCCAACCAAUCAAGAAGGGCCGUCGUGGCGGGGGGGUGGAGGCAGAACCGGGAGGAGAGGGGCAAGAGGAACAGCCUGAGGAAGAGGAGGAGGAGGAAGGUGUUGCAGCUGACGCCAUGAUCAAAUUGAAGAAGACCAAACCCUCCAAGGAGCCCAAGAAGGAGAAGACAACAGCCGGGGAUUCUGGGAAGGGAAAGGGCAAAGGCAAGGGCAAAGCCAGGAAGUGACCCCUAACCUCUCAGAUAACUGCCCCCCCCCCCCCCCAGAUAACUGCCCCCCCCCCCCCCCCCAAAAAGCGAACUGUACAACACCUCUUCUCUGACGUUCUGAAGAACAAACUCCUAAACGGUUUGCCCACCACCUACCUGGUCUUAUCACCGUGGCGACCGGAGACUGAACCCUCGCUCUCUUCUUGGACCCCUUUAAACUUAGGAUGUGCAUUCCAAAGGGGACCCUAUUCCCUAUAUAGUGGCACUACUUUAGACCAGAGUCCCAUAGGGCCCUGGGUAUAAAGUAGUGCACUAUGCAUAGGGCCCUGGGUAUAAAGUAGUGCACUACUUUUGACCAGUCCCAUAGGGCCCUGGGUAUAAAGUAGUGCACUAUGCAUAGGGAAUAGGGUCCGCUUUGGGACUUUACUACAUCUUGUUAGCGCUGUGGAUUUGGAAAGGUCUGAAUGAUAACUGUGUGUGUGUGUGUGUGUGUCAUGUAAAUAUGUACCUUGUAGUAUAUAAAGAUGCUGUUGCUUUCUACUGCUCAUCGUAGACGGGACCUUUCUGGUCUGAACCGUCGAGACCAACGGAUGGAUCAGUGAACGGCAGAAUAGUUCAGUUUUUUUUUGUUGUUGUAAAGAUUUUCACUGAUAAAUGACGGCUGUAUUUACGGUA